UUGGACGCUUUCGCUAAUUAUUCAUGAGCUCUCCAGUGUCAUCGUAGAAAGAGAAGAGAAGAAAAAAAAAACGUCUGCAACUUUACUCCUAGUGCCCAUAUUUCCUACAGCCCCUGAACGCAGCGGCAGGCUGACUGGCUCUGUGAAGAUGGCGGACUGUAUACGUGUUCCUCUGCUCCUGCUCUCGCUGUGCAUCUUGUCGUCUUUGCAUCCGAUUCACGGAGAAAACCACCUCAUCGGCAAACUCACUGUUAACGCGGAUAACCCACAGAAGCAAGCCGGGGGUGCGGGGCCGGCUGCGGGGGUCCCGGGAGCCGCUGAAAGGAGCCUGGUCGCCGGGGCCUCGCUGCCUCGGAGGCGCUCUACCGGCUGGAAGUUGGCAGAAGAGGGGGUGUGCAGAGAGGACCUGACCCGGCUUUGCCCCAAACACUCCUGGAACAACAACCUGGCGGUGCUGGAGUGUCUCCAGGAUAAGAAAGAGGAAACUGAGAUUGCAGCUGAAUGCAACCAUCUGCUGUGGAACUACAAGCUGAACCUGACCCCACCAAAGUUUGAGUCCGUCGUGGAGGUCUGCAAGACCACCAUCUCUGAGAUUAAGGAAUGUGCGGCGGAGGAGCUGGGCAAGGGCUACCUGGUUUCCUGCCUGGUGGAUCACCGUGGCAACAUCACCGACUACCAGUGCAACCAGUACAUCACCAAGAUGACGGCCAUCGUCUUCAGCGACUACCAGCUGAUCUGCGGCUUCAUGGACCAGUGUCGCGAGGACAUCAACGCCCUGCGCUGCGGCAGCAUCAGCACCGGCGAGAAGGACAUCCACUCUCAGGGGGAGGUGAUCGCCUGUCUGGAGAAAGGUCUGGUGCGGGAGGCCGAGGAGCAGCCGGCAGCGCACCGCAUCAAGGACGACUGUAAGAAGGCCAUCAUGAGAGUGGCCGAGCUCUCGUCGGACGACUUCCACCUGGACCGAUACCUGUACUUCGCCUGCCGCGACGACCGCGAGCGCUUCUGUGAAAGCACACUGGCCGGAGAGGGACGGGUUUACAAAUGUCUCUUCAAUCACAAGUUCGAGGAGGCGAUGUCUGAGAGGUGCCGCGAAGCUUUGACCACCCGGCAGAAGCUGAUCGCCCAGGACUACAAGGUGAGCUACUCGCUGGCCAAAGCCUGCAAGUCGGACCUGAGGAAGUACCACUGCAGCGCCGACAGCAACAUGCCCCGGGCCCGGGAGGCUCGCCUGUCCUACCUGCUGCUCUGCCUGGAGUCGGCGGUGCACAGAGGCCGUGUGGUCAGUGGCGAGUGUCAGGGCGAGAUGAUGGACUACAGGCGGAUGCUGAUGGAGGAUUUCUCUCUGAGUCCGGAGAUCGUGCUGCACUGUCGGAGCGAGAUCGAGGGCCACUGCUCCGGGCUGCACCGCAAAGGCCGGACGCUGCACUGCCUGAUGAGGGUCGGCAGAGGAGACAUGGGCGCCAUCGACCCCGACUGCCAGAGGGCGCUCCAGAUUCUGAUCCAGGAAGCCGACCCCGGAGCCGACUACCGCAUCGACCGAGCACUCAACGAGGCCUGCGAGUCCGUCAUCCAGACUGCCUGCAAACACAUCCGCAGCGGAGACCCCAUGAUCCUGUCCUGUCUGAUGGAGCACCUGUACACCGAGAAGAUGGUGGAGGACUGUGAACACAGGCUCCUGGAGCUGCAGUACUUCAUCGCCAGAGACUGGAAGUUGGAUCCCAUCCUGUAUAAGAAAUGUCAGGGCGAUGCGGCCCGGCUCUGCCACACCCACGGCUGGAACGAGACCAGCGAAAUGAUGCCGCCCGGCGCCAUUUUCUCCUGCCUGUACCGCCACGCCUACCGCUCCUUGGAGCAGGGACGCAGGCUCUCUAGAGACUGUAAGGUGGAGGUGCAGAGGAUCCUCCACCAGAGGGCGCUGGACGUGAAGCUGGACCCCGAGCUGCAGAGACAAUGCAUGACCGACCUGGGGAAGUGGUGCAGCGAGAAGACGGAGGCCGGACAGGAGCUGGAGUGUCUGCAGGACCACCUGGAGGAUCUGGUGUCCGGCUGCAGGGACGUGGUGGGGAACCUGACGGAGCUGGAGUCUGAGGAUAUUCAGAUCGAGGCGCUGCUGAUGCAAGCGUGUGAACCCGUCAUCCAGACCUACUGCCAUGAGGUCGCUGAUAACCAGAUCAACACCGGUGAUCUGAUGGAGUGUUUGGUUCAGAACAAACACCAGAAGGAGAUGAAUGAGAAGUGUGGGGUGGGAGUGACACACUUCCAGCUGAUUCAGAUCAAAGAUUUCCGUUUCUCCUACAAGUUCAAGACGGCCUGCAAGGAGGACGUUCUCAAACUUUGUCCCAACAUCAAGAAGAAGGUGGACGUUGUGAUCUGCCUCAGCACCACGGUGAGAAACGACACCUGCAGACGCCAAGAGCAGCGAGUGUCCAUCAAAUGUCGUAAAACAGCUUGGGUGGAGGAGGUGGAGAUGUCGGAGGACAUCCGCCUGGAGCCGGAGCUGUACGACUCCUGUAAGCAGGACAUCAACCGGCUGUGUCAGAACGUGGCCUUCGGCAACGCACAGGUUAUCGAGUGUCUGAAAGAGAACAAGCGUCAGCUGACUCAGCGUUGCCACCAGCGGAUCUUCAAGCUGCAGGAGAACGAGAUGGUGGAUCCGGAACUGGACUACCAGCUGAUGAGGGUCUGCAAGCACAUGAUCAGGCGGUUCUGUACGGAGUCGGAGGGAAAGAACGUUCUUCAGUGUCUGAAACAGAACAAGAACAGCGAGCUGAUGGAUCCGAAAUGCAAGCAGAUGAUCACCAAGAGACAGAUCACCCAGAACACAGACUACAGGCUGAACCCGGUCCUGAGGAAGGCCUGUAAAGCCGACAUCCCAAAGUUCUGCCAGCCCAUCCUGAACAAGGCGACGGCCGACAGCGAGCUGGAGGGUCAGGUCAUCUCCUGCCUCAAGCUCAAAUACUCCGACCAGCGUUUGUCUCCAGACUGUGAGGCUCAGAUCCAGGUCAUCCUGCAGGAGUCGGCGCUGGACUACAGGCUGGACCCCCAGCUGCAGAUCCACUGCACACAGGAGGUCCACCGGCUGUGUCCGGAGGAGGGCGGCGGACCAGGAGCAGAGGGGCAGGUGGCGGAGGGUGUCUGAAGGUGAACUGUCGGAGAUCAACGGGAAGGAUGUAAGAAGGAGGUGUUGAACAUGCUGAAGGAGAGUAAAGCCGACAUCUUCGUCGACCCCGUCCUCCACACCGCCUGCGCUCUGGACAUCAAGCAUCAAUGUGCCGCCAUCCCACCCGGCAGAGGGCGGCAGAUGUCCUGUGCUGAUCGUAGGAAGUGCCAGGACAAACGCGUCGUCGCAGCCCGAGGCAAGAAGAGACUUCAGGACGAUCGACAUGUGGGGACGUACGCGCCAAGCGUGGCGCCGGCCGAGGGCUUCUCCGACCUCGCCAUGCAGGUGAUGACAUCACCGUCCAAGAACUACAUCCUGACUGUGAUUGGUGUAGGAGUGGCGCUGCUCUUCCUGUUCGGGCUGCUCUGCGGCAGAAUCACCAGACGCGUCACCCAGGAGCUGAAGGACAGGUAGACCCCCCCCGCCCCCACUCCGGGGUCAGGACACACCCACAGCAGAAACAAGCCCCCCCCGACCCCCACCCCCACCCCCAGACUCUCUGCUGCAGUCCUUAAACACCCUUCGGCUCUUUCUUUCAUCGCUGGAAUGACAUUGCCCAACACCCUGCAGACGAAAGUGACUCACCUUCUUCUUCUUCUUCUACUCUCUGGGAGGCUGCACCGCCUCGGGGUCUUUCUCAUCAUUCUUCUUCUUCUUCUUCUCUUCCUGAGCUUCGAUGCAGAGCGCCGGGUCCUGCUGCAGUUCUACCCCGCACUCACCUGAUGGACAUGCAGUAUUACUCUGCUUUUCUCUUCUUCUCCUGCCUUCUCUGUGGGGUGGUUGGGGGGGGGGGGGAGAGGGGGCUGUUUGGGGGUGGAGAGGGAGGGGCAGGGUUGUAGGAUAUGGGGUCAGAGGUCAAGUAUGGGUGCAAAGGAGUCAAAAUAAAUCAUAUUAAGGUAAAUGGUAUAAAGUGGGUGGGAAAUGCUCAUGCUCAGAGGCAGUUAAAUGAUCCAGGAUUUUAAGUGUGUGUGGUGGUGUGUGUGUGUGGUGUGGUGGUGUGUGUGUGUGUGUGUGUGGUGUGUGUGUGUGUGGUGUGUUGUGUGUGUGUGGGUGUGUGUGUUUGUUGUGGUGUGUGUGUGUGUGUGUGUGUGUGUGUGGUCUACGUUUGUCAUCCUGCUUGAAGGGUUUUCGGGGUGUUUGGCUCUGGUAUAUCUUCUUUUUUUUUUUGAUAUAUUUCUUUUUUUAGGCUGAUGUGUGUUAGUUAGAUUUGAUCGCCAUGGGACUGCCAGGCGGGCCGGGGCCAACCAGCCAGCCCUCCACACACGAUAAAGAAAAGUGGACAACUCCCCGCCAGGCCUCGCUCAAAGCUCUUCUAACAGCAGGAACGUUUUGUGGAUAUUUUUAUUGCUUUCUUUCUGAAACGGCAGACCUGGCAACGUCUUUUUCCUUUUUCCUCCUCCUCGUUUUUCUUCCCCCGGUCAUGAACUCGAGCGCAAUGCAGGAAGAAAACAAAAACAUAACAACCGAAAUCAAGAAAAGAUUCUGGAUUAUUAGAGAGAUGUGAACAUUUUUGUGUAAAGAUGAGACUGGAAUCAUUGCACAUUUGUAGUUCUUUUUUUUUUUUUUUAUAUCUAUAAAUAUAUAUAUAUUGUUUUGUCAUAGCCUUAUUUAUUUGUUUAAUAAUGGUUUUCUUCUCUAUGAUUUGAAUGUUCUCUGGUUGCCUUUUCUCCAGCGAGCCAGCAUCCCUCCUGCGAGGGGGGGGGGGGGGGGGGGGGUGCAGGCGGCGGCGGCGGUUCGGGCCUCCUUCCGGGCAUCAACCUGCGUUUACGCGCGGCAGUGAACGCCUCUGGCGGGCAAGGCGAGUUAGAUCCUUUUAUUUAAGACGGCGGCACAUCAGAAAUCUGUGACACGGGCGUCCUGGUGAUUGUGGAGACGCUUUGAUCCAGAUCAGACACGUGGUCUGGGUUCGGCGUAGCGGUUUUGUGAGUCGGCGCGUCGGGGUCUUUAAUGUGACGAUACUUUGGGGAUGACCACUGGUGCGUUCAGGCACCGUUUGAAGCUGAUCAGUAAUGUGGAUACGAGCGGAUUUGUUCCAGAAAAAGGGUUUCAUGUAACUUUGACGCGAGCCUUUAGAAGACAUGAUUAUCAAGAUGUCGAGCGAACCUUUCACCACUCGGCCUGAACAUGAAAUGUAUCAUUGAUGUUUUGUUUCGUUUUUUAAGUCGUACCCCAAAUGAACCAAAACCACAGGUGUGAACGCGACUGAAGGAAAAAACCAAAAGUCAACCUGGUCUCACGUUCUGGUCUCAUAUCGCGAGUCUUCGUAGUUUCUGUCUGCUUCGUCACAUCCGCGCCGAGUCAGCGAUGUCGGGGGUGAGAAGAGGAAAGAGAAACGAGCACAAAACAAAGACCAGAAAAAGCCCAGAUAGACAACAAAUGCGAGAAAAGGAACUCCCUGAUUUAAGCCCAACGGUCCACUUCCUAUCUUUUUUUUUUCCUGGGCUGUGUCUCACGGCCGUUCUUUGGUGAGUGGGUGUUAGACUUCCGUCUAACUUGUGGAUGUGGUCGGUCUGAUGAGCCUCUGCUCCGCCUGCAGCUUGAUGCCCGAGGAAGAAGGCGGUGUCAUCGUACGUCAGAGAGUCGCGGUGGGAAGACCGAAACAAAUUGGGGUUUUUAUUUGUAGAAAAGGUCUGGAUUCCACGCGGUGCAUCUGAGGUGGGGCCCGUCCCCAAACUCCCAGGGUCCCGUGUCUGUUGAAAUGAGCUGACAUUGUUUGAUUGUUAAGCGCUGUCUUUGUAGUUUAGCGUGCAAAAGAAACCAGGAACAUGGAUGUUUCAAAUGCAGCUUGAAUGGGUAAAAAAAUCAGUUUAGCCACCAUGGAGACUUCAACGUCUAAAGUCAAUUUAAGGUGCAGGAAGUGGCACAUUCAAACGCUUCCUCCCCAUCCACCUUUAACUGUUGCUGAUUGGCUGGUAACUCCUUUCCUGUUUGUUUUCCAUUCACAAAUCCAGGGCUGUGUAUCAACACCGGCUUUUUUGUACUCUUAAGUCACAGAAAACGGAGAGCUAGGUGACGGAUAUUCACCGAUCUUCACUAAUGGAUUAACAUCACUUGCUAUACCUUUUAAAUUGCCUUCGAACUUUAGGUCUCAUUGGUAGCCUGGCAGGGGGGGGAUUUCAACAUAUUGACCCAGAGAAACGUUUCUGACGGUAUAAAACCCUUUGAAAAGUCUUCAUAUUAAGAGGACAUGGAGCUGGGGGACACAGGACCCUGGGAACGUGGACAACACUCAGACAGCAGAAACCCUGAACUCCUCUUGUCCCCCGUCUCCGAGUAUGUGGACAUGUGUGAGGGAUGAUUACUGUAAUCUACGUCCCGUGUCUCUUACUUUCUUUGGUUUUUCUCACCGUUGAAGCGUGGUGUGAUGAGCGCCGCCCUCGCUGCUUGUAAAUGAGACGUCGUGAUUCGUUGAACUGCCUUCGUGUCUUUUCUUUCUCCAUCUGACGUUGAUUUUUUUUAUUUUUUUUAUUUUUUUAAAUCAAAGCGUGCCUACUCGCCGUCCCACAGAGGGAUCCUGCUGCUGUACAGAACAUCCCAGAGCCCCCAGCAGCACCGUGUGUGUGUGGGUGUGGGGGGGUGUGUGUGUGCUGUGGGUGGGUGUGUGUGUGUGUGUGUGUGUGUGUGUGUGUGUGUGUGUGUGUGUGUGUGGGGGUGUGUGUGUGUGCGGGGGGGGUGUGUGUGUGUGUGUGUAUGCGUGGGGGUGUGUGUGUGUGCGUGUGGGGGUGUGUGUGUGUGUGCUGCGUGGGUGCUGCCCACAGAUCCUGGAGUGCGACGUCCAGGUGGUUCCUCGCUGUUCUCGUUGUCCCGAGCGAUGAUGACUAGAAUAUUUUAACUUUAAGUUUGUGAUGAUAAAGAUCUUUUUGUAAAC